CGGCCCGGGCGCGGAGGUCUCGGACGCUGUGCGGGCGCGGGCCUUCUGCCCACGUCGGCGGUCCUCGCGGGCGCGGUCUCGGCUCCUGCCCGGCGUAACCGACGGAUGAUGGGGGCUCUGGGCGUCCGACGCGGCCUGGAGUGGCUACUGGGCCUCUACUUCCUCUCCCACGUCCCCAUCACUCUGCUCUUGGACCUGCAGGUGGUGCUGCCGCGCGAAUUCUACCCGGUCGAGCUGACAAACCUGCUGAAGUGGUAUACUAAGGAGUUCAAAGACCCUCUGCUCCAGGCCCCCCCAACAUGGUUUAAGUCCUUCCUGUUUUGUGAGCUUGUGUUCCAGCUGCCUUUCUUUCCCAUAGCGACGUACGCCUUCUUAAGAGGAGGCCGCAGGUGGAUCCGCACCCCUGCAAUCAUCUACUCAGUUCACACCAUGACAACUCUAAUUCCAAUUCUCUCCACGUUUCUAUUUGAUGAUUUCUCCAAAGCCAGUGGUUUCAAAGGACAAGGACCUAAGACUUUCCACGAACGACUUACCCUCUUAUCUGUCUAUGCCCCCUACUUUCUCAUCCCUUUUAUGCUUCUACUUUUCAUGUUGUGGAGCCCCUACUACAAGUAUGAGGAGAAAAGAAAGAAAAAAUGAGAGAAAUAAUGACUGGCCUGGUGGGAGGGUGGGGAGAUGCCCAUAGGGCAAUUUUCCGGUUGGACCCAGUAUGAGGAAAACUGCUCAGAACCCAUGUCUUCAGUAGCAUUUGAAACACACCAGCGACACAGAAAGAACAAGACUCUGGCAGGAGCCACAUCAGAACCGCCCCCUCCUGAGGACACUGGUGCAAACAGACCAGUCACCUGAGCACGGACUGAAGGGUGUGGGCUAGGUUAUAGGGAAGUGGUGCCAAAUACCUCACUGUGUGCCCAAGUUCCAUCGUGAGCAGGACCAGACCAGAUCCUGUAUAAACUUCCAAGAAACGUGGCCUGCUUGGCACCUGACCCACAGUGCCCAUGUGAUUAAACCCCCGACUCCUGAUUCUCCGCAGCAUAUCCUUUAUCAGCAAAAUGAAGAGUGGGAUUUUUCAGGUCAUUUUUAAGUUUGAAAUUAUGCCUCUUUAAUAUUCAUUAAAAACUGUAUCAUGGGUUUUUUUGCCACCACCCUUUGUUGGGGACAGGUUCUGCAAGAGGCCUAAACUUGGUUUUACUCAAGGGUCAGCUCUGGCCUGACGUUCAGAAGUGGAUUAAGCUGGAAGGUGUUUUGUUUGUGUCUUAAACAGGUCAUCCCAGAAAAGAUUCUUUUUUUUUUUUUAAUCAUCUCCUGAUUCAUUCUUUCCAUACCUUAGUCUUCUCUGUUUUUACAGACCACCUGACAUAAGUCCCUUCCCUCUGAGGUCUGGUGUCUCAAACCUGAUCUGGAAGUAUGCUUCCUGUUGGAUAACUUCACCCUUCCUGAGAGUUUCAUCAUCCAUCCUGGCCUGUUCUCAAAGUGGAAGGGCAGCUGGGCAUGAGAUGUCCAUUGUAUAAAUGCAGGGUCUCUUCACUGGUUCCUUAGCUUUCUCUAAAUUUGUACUCGAGGUCAACUCAAACACACACACACACACCUGUGAACACACAUGGAAAAUGAUAACUGGUCCUGUCUGGUUCCCUCUUUAAGUCUGUUUUGGUCACAAGCCAUAUUGUUCUGAUUGUUGGGAGUAUCAUCUGACUCAUGUGUCUGGUCCAAAUAAAGGUCCCUGCUGA